CAUUAUAAGUUGUAUUUAAGUUUUAACUAUCCAUUGUAUAGAGCUAGUGCUACAACUUUAUUAUUUAUAAAUUAUAUCACAUUAACAAUACUCAGUGCUAGGUUUAAUGAGUGACACUACAGACAUAAUUAUGUUGUUUAGCUAUUAUCUUACAAAAUGCAACUUUUCCUUCGAUUCAGUCACACACUUAAUAUCUGUAUAGUAUUAGUAAGACCUUGGUACAGUAGAACUUGACAUUGUGAUGUGUGGUGUACCAGUAUGUGCUUAAUAAACCAGGUUCUGAUGGAUGAAAUUAAUACUGCAAGUUAAUGUUUUAUGAAAGAGUGUAAACACCACAAAUGGAUUUCAUCAGGGAUGAUCUUUCAUCCAGAUAUUUUGGAGUUUCAGGAUCUACAAAACCACAACUAUCUUUCCAGAAAAGAUGUGGAUAUGUUGACUGGAAAAAAUUGGCAUCAGUUGAUGUGGAUCAAGUUGCUCGUAAUCUAGAUUUCAGAGCUCUGCAGGAAAAUAUUUCCAAUGUGACUUUUUGUAACAUAGAAAGUGAAGUGAUUCCUGGUUCUGUUGACCCCAAUUUUUUGAAAUUAUUCAAGCUGGCCCAGCUUAUGAUUGAAUACCUUUUGCAUUCUCAGGAAUAUUUAACUGAAGUACUUCAAGUUAUUGAAGAAAAACAUGAACAGACAAGUAAAGAAUUAUCUGAGCUUCAAGCACUUAGAGUUAAUGAUCAGAAGCAGUUGCAGGAACUUCGAAAAGAAAACAAGAAACGAAGGAAGAUGCUUCUCCAAAAUCAACAGAAUCUCCAAGCUGAAAUUGUACCAGGGUAUUUCAAAUGUGAGUUUUGCCCAAAGGUCUUUGUUUCUGCUGCCUACCUACAAAGUCAUCAUGGAAGACGUCAUGGGGAUAAGCUACAAACUGCACAAGCGGCUAUUGUAAAUGAUCCCAAGAUAGAAGAACUUGAAAAGGAGCUGAGUCAGAUUCAUAAUAGACUUAAAGAAACACAAGAGGAGUUAGAGAAGGAGAGAGCUUCUUUUGCCAACCUUUGUGCUAAGGCAGAACAAGAGACUGUUGCUAGAAAGGAAGAAGUUAAAAAAGAAAUUGAAUUUUGGAAGGAACAACAACAGGAAAUUCAGAAGAAAGAGUUGGAAAGUGUGAAAGAGAUGUUUUUGAAAGAAAUGCAAGAACUAAAUGAAAAGCAUCUGAUAUCAGAACAAGCUUUGAUGGAGUUGCGUGCUAAGUACAAUACUCUUACUCCUCCUUCUAACUUGGGUGUAUUGGUUGAUGCAGAAAACAUGAAAGUAAAUGAAGAAUUACACAAACAAAGAGAAGAGACAACUCUAUUGAAAGAGCAACUUCAAUUACAGCUAACUCAAGUUCAAAAACAUCUUGAAGAAACUAUAAAAGGUCAGGAGAAACAAUGGAGAGCAAAAUUAAGACAAGUUACACAGGAGCAUGCACUGGAACUUGAAAAACUCAACAAUGCUUUAGAACAAAGUGUAAAGCACUUGCAGAAAGAAAGACAACAGACAGGUAACCAAGAAGAACACCAUGAACGCCAGAUUCGGAAGUUGUUGGAAAGAUCCCGCAGACAGGAAAUGCGUUUGAAAAACCAGGAAAAGCAAAUACAUGAAUUGGCUACUAAACCUGCCUUAUCACAGUUUGUCUCUCCUAUAAAAAGUCCUCCAACUCCUCCUCCUAGAAAAGUGUCAUUGCCUAGAACUCCCCAAGUAUUGGAAAAAGAAAGGGAAAAUCAGUAUGGUUUUGUCAGAAGUGAAAGACUUUUUUAUGCUCUUCAAAAGAAUCCCAAUCUUUUAGAACAAUUGAAAUGUGAUUUAGAGGAGGAUGUAGAGGAAAUGCUGCAGAAACGAGGUGUCACAAAGAAUAUUACUUCCUUAUCAACACCUGUGUUGAAAAAGAAGUUAGCUUUACUAAAGAAGAAAAGGAAGGUUUUAGGAGAGAAAUAUGAUGACUUCUAUACUAUAAGAAACCACUAUAAGAGUACUGUGGAUGAAGCAGCAAGAAUUCGAGCCAAAGAAGCAUCCAAAAAUGCCAUUCCAAACAAAUCUCCUAAAAACCCAUUUAAAAAGAUGUUUGACACUGUGCUAUCCAAGGUUGAAAGCAGCAAAAAACCUGAACCAUCCCCUAAAUUGGCACCAAGAAGAGCUUAUAGAGACGUUGUUCAACAUAAGGCCAAUUCUGAAAGUUCCUUGGAAACAAGUGAGGAAUCUGAAGAGGAACUAGACAAGAGUUAUGAUAGCAGAGUAAAAGUAUCAGCACUCCAUCAAAGUCCUGAGAAAUGGAAUUUGACUAAAACUUCAUCUCCAAAAUCUGCUGAGAGGAUGUACAGUGAGAGUAGUGAAGAAGAAUUCUCUGACACUGUAAGGCCUGUUGUGAGAAGAGUUGAACCAAAUAUUGUCACGGUUCAUGAAGGUAGGGGUCAAAAAGUUGCAGAAAUAACUCAAGUUAUGGAGCAGAUGAUUUCAAAUCGUUCAAUAAAACCUCCUAGUGGUGCUGUAGAUGUGCUAAAACCAAAAACACAGCAUAAGAAUCCAAGUAUUGUUAUGCAAAGAAACCAAACAAGUGAUCAUGAUGAUCUGUCUGAUUCAUCAGAUGAAAGUGUUCAAACAAACAGAAAAAAACAGAGUAAAGCACUAGCUAGUAAGGAAAUGGGAAGUCUGAAUAACACAGGUAGCAGUAGUUGCUGGGACUCAAGCUCAUCAAAGAAAGAUUUGUUACCUGGAAAGAAAGAACAGAACCCAGGGACAAGUUCUUCCACAGGGAAAGGUUCCCUUGUUACUGUGACUUCAUGGGGAAGUGAUGAUGAUCUAUCAGUAGAAGAGAUUGAAUAAGUUAAUAA